UCUUUACCAGAUAAGUUAUUAAUUCUAACUGUUGCAACCAAGGAAACAGAUGGCUUUCACCGAUUCAUGCAGUCAGCAAAGCACUUCAAUUACACAGUAAAGGUACUUGGUAAAGGUGAAGAGUGGAAAGGAGGUGAUGCUCUGAACUCUAUUGGAGGAGGUCAGAAAGUCCGACUACUAAAAUCUGCACUGGAGGCAUAUGCAGAUCAGGAGGAUUUAGUGGUUAUGUACAUUGACUGCUAUGAUGUUUUAUUUGCUGGAGGACCUGAGGAAUUGCUAAAGAAGUUCCAGCAGGCUAACCACAGAGUAGUAUUUGCAGCAGAUGGAUUGAUAUGGCCUGACAAAAGACUAUCAGACAAGUACCCUGUUGUCCGCAGCGGAAAACGAUUCCUUAAUGCAGGAGGAUUUAUUGGUUAUGCUCCACAUGUAAACAAUGUUGUACAGCACUGGGACCUUCAAGACAAUGAUGAUGAUCAGCUUUUUUAUACCAAAAUCUACAUUGACCAAUUAAAAAGGGAGCAUAUUAAUAUUACUUUGGAUCACAAAUGCAAUAUUUUCCAGACUCUAAAUGGAGCUGUUGAUGAAGUUGUUUUGACAUUUGAAGAAGGAGGAGCCAGAGCCAAGAAUUCUUUGUAUGACACUUUACCCAUCACUCUUCAUGGAAAUGGCCCAACUAAAGUUCUUCUCAACUACUUUGGAAAUUAUAUCCCUAAUGGCUGGUCCCGUGAAACUGGCUGCAGUGCCUGUGACACAGAUUUACUUGAUCUAGAUGCACUAAAUGAGAAUCCAACAGUAACAAUUGGUGUUUUCAUUGAACAGCCAACUCCUUUCCUGACCAAGGUUUUAGACAGAUUAUUGACUCUAGAAUACGCAAAGGAAAAACUUUCUCUCUUCAUUCAUAAUAAUGAGGUAUAUCAUGAAAAGCAUAUCAAGAAAUUCUGGGAAAAAGCCAAGAAUAUUAUUAGUACCAUAAAAAUUGUUGGACCUGAAGAGAAUCUGAGUCAAGCUGAUGCCAGAAACAUGGGAAUGAAUGUCUGUCGCCAGAAUAAAGAAUGUGACUAUUACUUCAGCAUAGAUGCUGAUGUUGUUUUAACAAACCCGCGUACAUUAAAACUUCUGAUAGAACAAAACAGGUAUGUGUGAGGUAGGCAGGGUGCAG